GUGAUCGCAUCCAUCUUCUGAAUGCAUGAUCCGAUGAGCGAAUAUGAUGAAUAUAAAUAAUGUGCGUCUUUCGGUUACUUCGUUUACUUAUGAUUUUUGCAUGCCGCAUACGUUGAUAUAUACGAAUCACGCUUUCCAGCCAUUGAAGACUUGUGCCUUACAAAUCUUGCAUUUCGCAUGUUCCAGUCGACGAAUUUGUUGUUGCUUGUGAACAAGGACAAUAGAAGACUCUGAUUUAUAUGGUGUUUAUAACCGAAGGGAUUGAUCCACUGGAUUAUUCUAGAGAACAAGAGUAACUGGCGACGUUCUACAAAGUAGCGAUCGUCAUUAUAAAAAGACUGUACGCAUUGGAUUGCAAAUAUUACUGUGACACGGAUAUUGAUAUGAGGUUAGAGUCCGCGUUAUUCUGUGCUAUCAACAUAUCUCACCUUGCAUUUAUCUCGUUUGUGUUGGACAUUAAAGUUAAAUAUUAAAUUAAGAUCAGACUCAAUUGUCACUUCUGUGUUUCUGACAGACUAUAUAAAAUGGACUGCUGGAGAAUAUAAUUGUUGUAUACAGUGGUGAUAAGAUCUGGUGCUCCAUCUGUGUUGAUGUGUGUAUUCCAUUUGUGUCAUGUUUCCACUUCGGUGAAAUUAGGGAUUGUAGAAUCAUGACGGAUCCAGAAUACGAUAUGGGUCCUGCGGCGGAGGUGAAAUAUCCAGUACCUCCUGAAUUUGAUGACGAACAAACAUUAGACGAAGAAGAAGCUUUAGAAGGUAGUGAAGAUUCUCACGAGUUGUCCAAUUUACAAAAGGAGGGUGAUAUGCCACUGAAAGAUCUGCUUGCCAUGUAUGGAUACGGCGAUCCCUCAACGGAGAACUCGGACAGUUCCGAUCACAUGUUGCUGCCGUCCGGAAGUGGCGAUCCCGAAACCGAGGAGCGUUAUUCAGACAAAGGUGACAACGACGCGGACGACGACGACGAUGAUGACGAGGCCGAUGCAAAUAGUAACGAGCCAGAUCUCAAACAGUUCUACACAGAGAUGCUAGUGAAGGGGAAAGAUAAGACAUCAUCGAUCUCAACGACAAAAAGCAGUGGCGGCGGUGGGACGGGCAGUGGGGAUAACAGAAGGCACAGAAUUGACGAUGACGAUGACGACGACGAAGAUCCCGAGGCUGAAGAGUGCACGAUGACGGGCUCUCGAAGUGGGAGCGGGAAUACAAGAUCGUCACCUACAAUCGCGGGAAUCAACGCCGUUACAUGCACCGGUAUGGUUAAUUUAGGAGGCUGCCCAGCGACCGGCGUCACUAACAGUACAGUAGAAGGAGCCACUAGUGGUGCAAUAGACGUACCAGAAGAUGGGAUUGUCAGCACUGGAAUAGGAAGUGGUAGUUCGAGACUUUUGCGAAGUGUUUCGAGACCACAAAGUGAAGAAGAAGAGGACGAUUGCGAUUACAGUCCAGACGAGGAAGAGUGGAAGAAGACUAUCAUGGUCGGUAGUGAUUUUCAAGCUGCAAUACCGGAAGGUUUAUGGUUCUACGAUGACGCGUUGCCGUAUGAAAAUGAAGACAAGCUCUUGUGGGAUCCCACUCCGAUAUCUGAAGAAGAUACAAAUGAAUUCCUAGAACGCGCGCAGCUUCCGGCGGUAAAGGGCGGCUCAUUACCGGCUGGAUCUCAUAUCAGAGACGACGAACAAGCGUUGUAUCUCUUGCUGCAGUGUGGCUAUAAUCUUGAGGAGGCUCUGAGAAGACGUAGAAUGAACGUGGUACCACCAACGGAAGCGGUGAGUCUUUGGUCGGAAGAGGAGUGUCAUAAUUUUGAGUCGGGACUGCGGACUUACGGGAAAGAUUUUCAUCUUAUACAGAAAAAUAAGGUCAGGACGAGAUCUGUCGGAGAAUUAGUGCAAUUUUAUUACUUGUGGAAGAAAACCGAACGACAUGACAUAUUCACGUACAAAGCUCGAUUAGAAAAGAAAAAAUAUGCGCUGCAUCCUGGUAUCACGGACUAUAUGGAUCGAUUCCUCGAGGAGCAGGAGGGUGUGCGAGAUCGCAGCAGCUCGCCGAAUGUUAAUUAUCUGCUGUACGGCGAUGCUAAACGGCAGAGGUCCAACGCCAACGUCACUAACAACGACGAGAUCAAGUCGGCCGAGAAUUGGGACGGGAAUUCCGUUGAUCCGUUGGCGGACAUCAACGGUCCGACGCCGCCUCCACCUCCGCCGCCCCCGCCGCCGCCACCUCUGGCAACGUCCGCUGCGACUACCAUCUCCUCGACGUUGUGCAGUUCCAGUGCUUUAAACAUACCAAUAUCCCAUUGCUCGUCGUCUGCUCGCCAUCCGGAUGGCUCAUCGUCCGAAUCCGACUGUGCUAACCCGCUGGCGUGGAGCGCUGCCGCAGCGUCUCGAACUCAAGCUACCUCCUCCGUAAUCACGACGAUAACAAUCAACACCACCACAGCCAGCACGUCCACAACUGUCGGCUCAAUGAACACAGUUACUACUAGUUCCACCGUCACCGCCACCGCCGCCGCGGUUUCUAACAAUUACUAUCAGCGAGUGACGUCAUCCAGGAGCAACGAUUCCCAUGACUCGCCCUCGCCGGAGAACAUUUUACCUCAUCUGCCCCCUUAGCAUCUAAUCCGACCUUCAGGUGUCCAACCUGAAAGGCGGCGGAUGUCUUUGCGCGGUGUGUCCAACUCAGCAUUCACACCAUCGCUAUUGUCGUAACGCAUAAUAUUCGUUAAUAUCAAGGAUUAUAUUUUUAUACCGUAUCGUAAUAUGAUUAUCAAUCGUCCUUAGCGUGAGUGCGCGCGAUGUACAGUAAGAUGGAGGGGUUAGGUGAUACGUAAGAUGGAAGGGACGCACGACGGAGCAUAAGAGAGCGUGUCACUGUACGUAAGGUACAAACAGAUGAGGAAAGAAGAAAUAAAAUUACAAAAGAAAACGCGAGUCACUGUGAAACUUUCUUUCUAUUUUUCUCCUCUCUGUCUCCAUACGUAUAUACGUUUCAUAAGGUAGAAUACAUUUUGAAGGAACUUGUUGAGAGAAUGUAGAUGGGCCAGCAGAGGAGUGGAAUAGUAUUACAUACCGCGGAUGAAAAUCUAUGUAGAUAGAUGAUUGUACUACAUAACUGAUCAUUCAACUUGUCGAAAGCAUGUCUCUUCAGCAGUAUAUUUAUAACGAUCACGAAACUCUUACGGAACAACUUGUCAUUCUAUAGAAUGCGAUGCUCGAUAGAUCAUUGGAACAACGAUCGAAUCGAAUGAAAGUCAGUAGAAACACAUGGUCAUCAUGAUUUUAACAUAAAGAACGCGCUGCAACUAGCGGUUCUAAUGAUUUCCUUCGUUUUGUCCCUCGUUAAGUGUAGUUGGCUGUGUAUAAAAUUAUAUAUAGUUUGUAUUCUCACAUUUUUCUUAGAAACUAUUUAAGGAUCACGAAAUGUUUCUAAUUUACUGGAUAUACAUUAUUUUAUGUUCAAUCAUUUAUAAAUAGUAUUGAUAUAAAAGUACACGCUAAAUUAAAAA